GCUAGAAAUCCAUACACUUUCAAAUCAAGUGUUCCUGAAAAAAUUAUAUUCUUCACGUAAACAAACGAUGAAAAUGUGGACACUUUUUAGUUAGUGAAUUGUAUGGAGUUCCACUGCUGUGCUGUAAGUAUGCAUACACUCUCCUACGAAACAUAGUGGAAAAAAAUAUAUUCGUCGAUGUAAACAAGCGGUGAAAAAGGAGACACUUUUCGACGAGUGAUUUAAAAUUCAUUUAAUCAUGAGUGAAAGUGAUUCAAUACACUCCGAAUAUGCGGAUGAAACUGAACUGUUGGCUGAGUUUCAUAAUUAUAUGAAGGAUCCCGAUACGCGAGAGAAGGCAGCGAAUUAUUUGCUAGAUUCACUAAUAGAUGAAGCAAUUUUAGGCGUAGUCUUUGAAAUGCAUCAUGCAUUGAAAACAGGUACCAACGCGGCCAUCGAGGGCCAACCGGAGGAUUGUGAACCUUACACGAUUGUAGACUUACCCGACAUGGACGUUUUUGGGUUUUCCAACAGUAAAAAAGCAAUCGAUUGUAGCUGCCCCAACUGCAAUCGAAUAGUAGCAGCGUCUCGGUUUGCUCCUCAUCUCGAAAAAUGCAUGGGAAUGGGACGAAAUUCUUCACGUAUUGCAAGUAGACGAAUAGCAAACACGAGAGACGGUGGAAAUUAUUUUGGCGCAGAUGAGGAUGAUGAGGACGAUGCAGACUGGUCUGGGGAAAAGCGGAAGAAGAAAAUUGCGCCUGUAAGGACCAACGGAAGUAAGAAAAAUGGAAAAUCUUCAUGAAGAUGGAAAACAUGGUGAAUCCCUGGAAACAAAGACUAAGAUCUAGUAAUAACACAUUUGACGAAUGCAAGAAAUAAUGAUAAGCUAAUUUGGAAAUGAUAAUGCAUCCCUUCGUGAAAUAUCGCUCUGCUCUGAUUGUUUCUGAGAUAAAUUGGGAAACUCAACUAUAUCCAAAUGAGAAUAUAACUUACACAAUAAUAUUAGAUUGUUAAAAAGUGUUUAUUCCGCAUGUGUUUAGUAAAAUAAUUAACGUUUUGUCUCAAAUUCCGAA